ACGCGACCACGGUCCACGGACUCACGGAGACAGACGCAGACGCCGCACCCGCACGGCCGUAGCUAGCCCUAGCCGCCAGGCACCAGCGGCCAGCCGGAGGCCCGGACGACUGGACUGCCAUUCUGCCAAAGCCGUCGUCGCCACAGGGAAGCGCCAGUACGCCGCCGCGCCGGUACGCCGCUCGGCCCUUCUACAGUGUUCGUAGUCCCAGUUGUUCCGGCGAGUGGCGACUAUCAGCUUCAGAGCUUCCCCAAAUCAGCCACUAGAAAGGAAUUGGCAGCACCAUGGAUGUAAAUCACAUCACUGAGAUGGAGGAUGGUUUAAAUGAUGAUGAAAUGGAAUAUCCAUUUGAGGGUGAUGCUAAUGCCAGUAACAAUGAUCAGAUAGUAGAGGACCAUGCUGAUGAUGCCCCUAUUGCUAGUGGUGAGAAUGCCAUCGUCCAACAGCAAGUUGGUCUGAGAAAGAAGAAGUACAUGUAUGUGAAUGACCAUCGUGUUGUGAAACAACGGAAACUAGUACCAACAGUGACAAUUCCCGCUAUGAACAAGGAUAAAGGUCCAAUGCCAAUGAGUAUCUCCAAGAUGAAAACCAAGAAGCCAAUCGGUACCCCUACUAGCAGCAAGCUAAUGGCAUCUGCAUUCAAGGUCACAUCAAGCAAGAAUGAACUUAUGGUUUUAAUGCAAAAAUCAGCUGAAGUUGUGCAACCUGCAAUUGCAAGUGCUACCGCUAGUGCAAACGCAAGUGCAAGUUCAAGUGUAAGGGCAAGUGCAAGUGCAAGCAUACCAGCAAGUGCCCAAGCAAGUGUCGGCGACGAUGAAAAACAAGUAGAUGGCCAGAUUGGGAAAAGACUCACUUCAUGGGUCUGGCAACAUUUCACAAGGUAUGAAAUAGAUGUUGAGCAACCUGAUGGUUCCAGUGUUAAGCAAAAGUGGGCAAAAUGUCUUCGAUGUUCACAUAAAGCUAAGGCUGAUGCUUCAAAUGGUACAAAGGCUUUUAGUAACCACUUAAAAUUGAAACAUUGUCUUGUGAAGGGUCAACAACAGCUAAGUCAGAGUGGGAAUGACAUAGCGACAUAUAAAUAUGAUGAGAAAGCCAGUGUGAGACUUCUAUAUUAUGCCAUCAUCAUGCAUGAAUAUCCAUUCAUUGUUGCCGAACACAAGUAUUUUAUGAAAUUUAUCAAAUCACUACGGCCAUCCUUUCCUUUCAAGUCUCGUAUCACUGUUCGUAAAGAGAUCCUUCGCUAUGUUGUUUGCGCUUUUGUAAUAAACUAUGUAGCAUGUUGUGUAUCUCUUUUAAUGUUGCGGCGAACUUGUGUGAAAUAUCCACUAUCUAUUAUAUAUUUGUGGAAUUGUGAACUUGUGGAUUAUACAUAAAAGACGGGGUAUGCUGCUGAUUUACUUUUAAAAUUGUGUUGUUUCUUCUAUAAUGAACCUGUGUGAAAUA